UCUCCGACAAGCGAGGCUUCCUUCCUGUUUGAGAAAACAGCGUCCAGAGGGGGACGAUUGUGGCCUUGGUGGUGUGCUGUGGCGACCUCGCUAAUGGCACCACCGGAGAUGGAAAGAAAUCAGAGAUCCAUUUCACAGCGACGAUGGGCAUCAACCGAAGGUAGUGGAGUUUGCAUGAUGAAUACAUCAUGGAGGGAUAACCAGCAUCCAUCCUUCAUUCUCUUCAUUUCAUCCUUCCUUAGUGCAAAUUCAUACCGUCUAAACUUCCUACCCAUAGCCCCUGAUUUCAUAUUCAACAAUGGCGGACUGUCGGUUGCUUUUAUUUUCGUAAUGAAUUGGGACUCUGAUAACGGAUCUGCUGUCUUUAACAGAGCUGAAAAAUUGAAGAGGCAGUUCAGGCAUCUGUAUGUUGUCGUAUCUGUCCCAACAAGGGAACAAAAUGAUUCUUUCAAUCACUCAUACUUCAAGUACGCUGUGGAACUUGGUAGCCCAACCUUCGUGCCAGUUCGUGAUCCAGAGAUGGGCUUUGAGAAGAUUGUGAAGAUAGCUCAUGCUCGUGGGGUAUGCAAACGACAAGAUGCCAUCUCCAUGAUGAAGAAUGAGCGUGAGCAAGCAGUGCAAGGAAUGGACUUAUUCCUCAGAGUGGUUACCUCCAUACCUGGAAUCGACAACCAUGAUGCAAAUGCAGUAACUAUCUUUUCCUUAUCUGAGGCAAUUGUGUAUAGAUAUGUUGUUGACGAUGGUUCUAAAUUAGAAGGAAGUUUCCUUGGUCAGAAAACUGAUUAUGCCAGGGAUGAGCAUCACCAGACUCUUUAUGACACAUUUCCUGCUUCACUAAUCAAGCUAGGAGAAAUAUAAAUUUGUUAAGUAUCUCAAAUCCCUAAAUAGUCCGGACCCUGCUUAAUUUAAAUUUCAAGUGCUAUUAUUGCAAUUAGUGACAUUUAGUCAAUAAUCACUGUCAUUACAUAGUCUCUGCAGCAACGACCUUUUGGCUUCUUAAAGCGAACAUUGUUUCAUUGUUUUUUAUUGUGCAAAGUUCUGCCUAUAUGAUACUUCUCCAAGUGCUGUGUUUUAUCUUCUCAACAUCCAAGAAAUACUUGGUUUUUAAAGAAAACUAAGAAAUUUUUGUUGCAUUGCCUUGUAGCUUGCCCAAGCCAUUGGUUCAAUUGAAGCAAUAUCGAAAGCAUCAAAGGGCUUUAUUCUGGAAAAUACAGACCUUUCAGCAGAUAAAGCAGAAAGGAUUGUAAGGUUCUUCAGAGAUCCAAAUUACUAUCUCAGUCCAAAAAUCAAUUGAUUGUAGAGGUUUGAUUUUCAUCUGGAUUGACUAGCUAUUUUCUGUUUCCAAGGAUGAAUAUCACUGUUUUGGGAUUUUGUUUGCUGUACCUACAAAUCAUGAUUAUUUUUUGACACUGCAAAUUUCAUAAGGUAAGCCACAAUCGCGUGGGUGGUUGGGUGGUGUCCUGUGCGCGCAGGUGAAUGUCUGUAUGUGCAUGUGUUACAGAGCUUUGUGCAUGUGUUACAGAGCUUUAUUAGAUCCAUAAGAAUUAGAAAGUUCUGAUAGCUGGAAGAUCGAAUGUUCUUUUUUUCUCCUUCCUAAGUCAAUUUUCUUCUUACAAAUAAUUUUCUUAAGAAAACAGAGUGAUUCCUCCAAAUUCUGUGUUCAAAUUAAAGAGAAGUUGAAAGAGUGAUUCCUCCACAAACAGCCCCCAUGGUUUCUUCAUGGUUUGUAGCUACAGUAAUAUUUCCUCUUUCCAAUAUCAAUAGGGCUAGGUAUUUCCUACUGGGAUAUUCACGGGAGGCCACAAUCUAUGAUUGGAAAUGUGAAUACAUACAAUGUUGUGCAUCAAUAGGGG